UUGAAAUUAAAAAUAUGUUUCCAAAAUUUUUCCGAGAAAAUUAACAACAAUAGUAAAUGAAAUUGGCUCAAUAAUGGAAGAUUAUAACACAGAGAAUACCAAAAAUGGGUUUUAUAAAGAAGAGUUUGUGGAAGAUUCUAAAAUCACCAUUGAUGGCGGAGAACGAAUUCAAAAGAUUGCUACUGACGAUAAUGCUUCUGAAGAUAAUGCUUCUGAAGAUAAUAUGGAAAUUGGCAUCUGUACCAGCGAAGUUAUUCAUGAAACUGAACAAUAUGUAUUUAAAAAACGUAAAGAGGAAUAUUUGCCUGAGUUUACGCAACAAAGUUUUUCAAGCCUACAAGAUAUGAAUUUUAGAGUUAAGGCUGGUGAAAAUAAGACUGUUCUUGAACGCUUCAGUGAUCAUUCUCAACUUAAAAGAGAACAAUAUAUACCCAAUAACGAAUUUGAUAAUACUCAUACUAAGAAUGAAGCUGAAGAAUUAAAUAAAGAUUUCAUGGUAUGUAAAGACAAUAUAAUGAGGAAAAAAGUAGAAUUAUGGUUUGAUGAGGAGAAUAUUGCUUCCAAAUAUUUUUGGAAAAGUUUAACACUCUAA